AUGGACAAUUUAUCAAAUUCUGAUGAAAGCUAUGAUCUGGGAUAUCAUCCUUCACCUUCUUCAUUGGAUCAGAAUGAUCACUCACUGGCAGAAACUUCAACAAGUGGUGAUUCCUUUAUGUACCGCCGGACAAAUUCAGAGACCUCAGCUUUCUCUGAGUCUGUAGAUGACAGCAGCUACUCUGGUGAAGCAUCCCCUUGGUUCUGCCCAAACGUGAAAACCAGAUUUCAUAACCAGGUUGCUCUUACCAGACUAGGAAUGAAGCAGCACAACAAGAAUGCCACAGAUGAUAAGCUUGAAGAUCAUGAAGCAGUAGAUGCAGAGCUUGAGAUGAUGAAAGAACGAUUUGCAAAACUCUUGUUGGGUGAGGACAUGUCAGGAAGUGGGAAAGGGGUGUGCACCGCGGUUACGAUCUCAAAUUCGAUAACCAACCUCUAUGCCACUGUGUUUGGGCAAAAUUUGAGGCUAGAGCCCUUGAACCCUGAGAAGAAAGCAAUGUGGAAGAGGGAAAUGAAUUGCCUGUUAUCAGUUUGUGAUUACAUGGUAGAACUCAUCCCAUAUCCCAAAAUUUGCAAGAUGGGACAGAAAUGGAGACCGAGAUCUGAUCUCUAUAUCAACCUUCCAGCUUUGCAAAAGCUUGAUGCAAUGCUUAUUGAAGUACUUGAUAGUUUCCAAGAUACAGAAUUCUGGUAUGCAGAAGAAGGGAGCAUGUCGUCAAACUCAAAACGUUCAGGUUCAGGAUCGUUCCGAAGGGUUAUUGUUCAGCGGAAUGAGGAGAAAUGGUGGUUGCCAAUUCCAUGUGUUCCUCCAGGUGGCCUCUCUGAGAAGUCAAGGAAGCAUUUGAAACACAAACGUGACUCUUCUAAUCAAAUCCACAAAGCAGCCAUGGCAAUCAAUAGCAGCAUUCUUGCUGAGAUGGAAAUUCCAGACUCAUACAUGUCAACUCUUCCCAAGAGUGGAAAAUCGUGUCUGGGGGAUUCCAUUUACCGCUACAUGUGCACCACAGGCAAGUUCUCCCCAGAACAUCUUCUCGACUGCCUCAAUCUAGCAACUGAACAUGAAGCACUUGAGCUUGCAGACAGGGUUGAAGCUUCAAUGAGCGACAAAAACCAUAUUUUGGCAGAGAGAGCCGAGUGUUUGUUGUUCUGCUUGAAGCAGAGAUAUCCUGAGCUCUCUCAGACAUCCUUGGACACAUGCAAGAUCCAAUACAAUAGGGAUGUGGGGCAAGCAGUACUGGAGAGCUACUCAAGGGUGUUGGAAAGUUUGGCAUUCAACAUUGUUGCUUGGAUGAAGAUGUAA